AUGGGGACCGUUACACGCAGUUCUACUGGUAGAAAACCAAGUGAAAUUAUGAGGCUUAUUGUGUCAACUUUUAUUGGAGUAGUUUUUGGCUUCUUUCUAGGAGUGUCAUUUCCCACAUUGUCAUUAACAAAGUUCAAUCUUCCAUCUGGCUUGCUUCCCUCAAUUGAUCUCUCGUACAUUGAAGACAGAUAUUCAGGUCGUCAAGCUUGGUCUUUUAUGAACAAUAAUAAUAAAAGAGCUUCACCAAAUCGCUCAUCAAGUGGUACAUCAAAGAUUUGGGUUCCAUCAAAUCCAAGAGGAGCUGAAAGUUUACCUCCUGGCAUUGUUGAAGCUGAGUCGGACUUUUACUUGCGUAGAUUGUGGGGCAAACCCAGUGAGGAUUUAACGUUCAAGCCAAAGUACCUUGUGACCUUCACUGUUGGCUACGAUAUGAAAAAAAAUAUUGACGCAGCUGUGAAAAAGUUUUCAGAGAACUUCACCAUCCUUCUAUUUCAUUAUGAUGGUCGAACUAAUGAAUGGGAUGAGUUUGAAUGGUCAAAGAAGGCUAUUCAUGUGAGUGGUCGCAAACAGACCAAAUGGUGGUAUGCUAAGCGGUUUCUGCAUCCUGACAUCGUGGCUUCAUAUGACUAUAUAUUUAUAUGGGAUGAAGACCUGGGUGUUGAGCAUUUUAACGCUGAAGAGUACUUAAAACUUGUGAAGAAGCAUGGCCUGGAGAUUUCACAGCCAGGUUUGGAACCUAAUAAAGGGUUAACAUGGCAAAUGACAAAGAGAAGAGGAGAUAAAGAAGUGCACAAAGUGACGGAGGAGAAACCGGGGUGGUGUUCUGACCCUCAUCUACCUCCUUGUGCAGCUUUUGUUGAGAUUAUGGCUCCAGUCUUCUCACGAGAAGCAUGGCGUUGUGUCUGGCACAUGAUUCAGAAUGACUUAGUCCAUGGGUGGGGCCUUGAUUUUGCUGUUAGAAGAUGCGUUGAGCCUGCACAUGAGAAGAUUGGAGUUGUUGAUGCUCAGUGGAUUGUUCACCAAGGUGUUCCUACACUAGGAAAUCAGGGUAAAACAGAAACCGGGAAAGCACCAUGGCAGGGGGUGAGGGAAAGAUGUAGGAGGGAGUGGACCAUGUUCCAAAGUCGGUUAGCGAAUGCAGAACAUGCGUAUUUCAAGUAUGCAAGUAACAAGAUGUUGAAUUCUACUGCUCAUUAG